UAUAAACUGAGAACACGCACGUAUUUAAUCGACAGCGGAACACAAUGUUCGGUUAUUGAUACAAGGAGGGUCAUUGUUCGUACGGAACUCAGUGACGAUCCGUGCGCGCCGGUAGCGUGACCUCGCCAUGCGGGCUCUCACUUUGAUAAUACUACUCGCUUAUAAAUACCCCACUGAAUGUAGUGACCACAUGAAUAAACGAGCACAAAUACUACAAGAUGAAUACAAACGCACGCUUGGAGGUAACAUCAAUCUCACAAAGCAAGAAACCAAAAUAAACAACUGCCUGAUGAAACACAAAUGCGACGAGCUAGAUUACGCGUUCGAACAUCCUGAAUACUUCAACUUUUCCCAACAUUUCUUUAAGUACAAAGACGGAAUAAGGAAUUCGAAUGUGUAUAAAAUCAUCAAGGACAUGCCUAAAGGCGCGGCGCUGCAUUUACACGAUGUAGGAUUGCUUGGACCAGAUUAUUUGCUAAACAUAACUUACACGGACGGUCUUUAUGUUUGUUUUGAUAACAAUAUGGUGUCGUUGAAGUUUUCAAAUAAAGUACCGGAUACUAAAUGUAAUUGGAAAUUAAUGCGGGAUGCCAGAAAGAUUUCUAACAAUGUCAAGAAAUUUGAUGCUGAGCUACGGAGACACUUUACAAUGGUAGUAGACGAUCCAGCUCACGACUAUCCUUGUAUCAAAAACACUUGGAGUGCAUUCAUGGGUUAUUUCAGCACAAUAUUCCCGAUGCUAUCCUACCGCCCUGUUUGGGAACAAUACUUUUAUGACGUACUAAAAACGUUCAGAGAAGACAACAUCAUGUAUGUAGAAGUGAGAACCAUACUACCGCCUUUAUACGAGUUGGAUGGAACGGUCUACGACCCUGUAGUCACCGCUAAAGCGUACAAGAAAAUCGCAGAUAGAUUUGUGAAAAAUUACCCAGAUUUUAUUGGUGCCAAAGUUAUAUACGCUCCGCCAAGAAAUGUGGAUACAAACGCCUUGGCGUUAUACUUGCAAAUCGCGAAAAGGGUCAAAUCGGAGGUACAGGAUUUCUUCGGUGGUUUCGAUUUGGUCGGGCAAGAGGAUUUAGGAAAACCAUUGCUAGAUUUCGUGCCGCAGUUGACAGCGGCCGCUGGGGAGUUGACGUAUUUCUUUCACGCCGGGGAGACAGAUUGGUAUGGGACAUCGACGGAUGACAAUCUUGUUGAUGCUAUUUUAUUGGGAGCGAAGCGAAUAGGGCACGCUUACGCUUUGCCUAAACACCCUGUGUUGAUUGAGGAGGUACUGAAGCGUGACAUAGGGUUGGAAGUGAACGUGAUAUCGAACGCUGUGUUAUCUUUGGUGCAAGACGUUCGGAACCACCCUUUGGCUUCGUUCUUUGCUCAUGGGUUCCCUGUGGUUAUAUCCAGUGAUGACCCUGGGGCUUGGGAGGCGGAUCCUCUGUCUGAUGACUUUUAUGUAGCCUUCAUGGGAGUGGCUAGUAAGACGUCAGAUUUAAGAUUGUUAAAACAAUUAGCUUUGAACUCUUUGAGGUAUAGUGCGCUAAAGGGAGACGCUAAAACAAAAGCGAUUGAAAAGUUUAACGCCAAAUGGAAGGAUUUUGUCAAUAAUUUUCAGUGUAGUUCGUAUUAAUUAAACAAUAUUUUUUUACAUAGGUU